AUGUCUGCUUUCGAAACCACACGUCCUUCCGGUUACAUGUCCGACACAGGCAGCGAAGGCCAAGCCUCGGGUGGCCGUAAGAUCUCGAGCAACAUCGGACCGGUUCCGUCUUCCGCCAACCUCAACCGUCCAGCUGGCAACAUCAUCAAGGGCCCUGUCGACGAAAAUGGCAAGCCGAAGGAUGCAGUGCUGCUGCUCGGAAUCAAGCUUGAUCUCGAGGCCGAGAUUCACCUGACAGCGCGGAUACGCGGAGACAUAACGAUUGGGCUUUACUGA